GGCCCCUCCCAGCCAGGCCUUACUCAGGUCCUGGGCGCGCCCUGCAGCCCGCGGCCGCCGCUGCCUCCGUCACUGGGCCGUUCCUCGCCCACCGCCCCGGGAACCAUGCUGCGCUGGCUCCGGGGCUUCGUGCUGCCUGUCGCGGCCUGCCAGGGCGCGGAGCCGCCGACGCGCUACGAGACCCUGUUCCAGGCGCUCGACCGCAAUGGGGACGGCGUGGUGGACAUCCGCGAGCUGCAGGAGGGGCUCAAGAGCCUGGGCAUCCCCCUGGGCCAGGACGCCGAGGAGAAAAUUUUUACUACUGGAGAUGUCAACAAAGAUGGGAAGCUGGAUUUUGAAGAAUUUAUGAAGUACCUUAAAGACCAUGAGAAAAAGAUGAAACUGGCAUUUAAGAGUUUGGACAAAAACAAUGAUGGAAAAAUUGAAGCUUCAGAAAUUGUCCAAUCUCUGGAGACACUAGGUCUGACCAUUUCUGAACAACAGGCAGAGUUGAUCCUUCAAAGCAUUGAUGCUGAUGGGACAAUGACAGUGGACUGGAAUGAAUGGAGAGACUACUUCUUGUUUAAUCCUGCUACGGACAUUGAGGAGAUCGUCCGCUUCUGGAAACAUUCCACAGGAAUUGACAUAGGGGAUAGUUUAACUAUUCCGGAUGAAUUCACAGAAGAUGAGAAAAAGUCCGGCCAGUGGUGGCGGCAGUUGCUGGCAGGAGGGGUCGCCGGUGCCGUGUCUCGAACUAGUACUGCGCCUUUGGAUCGCCUGAAAGUCAUGAUGCAGGUUCAUGGCUCAAAAUCAAUGAACAUAUUUGGUGGUUUUCGACAGAUGAUAAAAGAAGGAGGUAUCCGUUCCCUUUGGAGAGGAAAUGGUACCAAUGUCAUUAAAAUUGCUCCUGAGACAGCCGUUAAGUUCUGGGCCUAUGAGCAGUACAAGAAGUUGCUUACUGAGGAAGGACAGAAAAUCGGAACAUUUGAGAGAUUUAUUUCUGGUUCCAUGGCUGGAGCGACUGCACAGACUUUCAUUUACCCCAUGGAGGUUUUGAAAACCAGGCUGGCUGUAGGCAAAACUGGGCAGUACUCUGGAAUAUAUGACUGUGCCAAAAAGAUUUUGAAGCAUGAAGGUUUUGGAGCUUUUUACAAAGGUUAUAUUCCCAAUUUAUUAGGCAUCAUACCUUAUGCAGGUAUAGAUCUUGCUGUAUAUGAGCUCUUGAAGUCUCACUGGCUAGAUAAUUUUGCCAAAGACUCUGUGAACCCUGGAGUCAUGGUGCUGCUGGGGUGCGGUGCCUUAUCCAGCACGUGUGGUCAGCUGGCCAGCUAUCCCCUGGCCUUGGUGAGAACUCGCAUGCAGGCGCAAGCUAUGGUGGAAGGAGCCCCGCAGCUGAACAUGGUUGGCCUCUUUCGAAGAAUCAUUUCUAAAGAGGGCCUCCCUGGACUUUACCGAGGCAUUACCCCGAACUUCAUGAAGGUGCUUCCUGCUGUAGGCAUCAGCUACGUGGUGUAUGAGAAUAUGAAACAAACUUUAGGGGUAACUCAGAAAUGACAGGUUUGAUGUUUUGACUUUGGCACGAUUAAUGAAAUUUCCAGCCAUUUCUGGGGAGACUUUUUCUCCUAAACUUGUAACAAGUUUGUGGCAAAACAAAAACAACUGUUCGUCUUUCACAAAAGGAAAAUACACUUCACUGAUCAGUUCAGGCAUUUGAGCUUACUUUUCUAUACACAGAAGUGUUAAGGAUCAUAGUUUUAGAAAGCCACAGAACCGUGCCAGGAAUACCUCUUUGGCAAGUCUCUACCCUUGAACCUUAAAUCUCAAAAUGUAUUUGCUUGAAUUAAAUUGGUUUUGUGUGGUAGAAUUAUUAAUCAGGAAUCUUUAGUUUGGUCGAUUUAAGUCUGUGCCAGUUCUUCUAUACUUGUAUGUCUGUUUCUUUAAAAACAAAAUGACUAUAAAACCUUGAGACAUAAAUUAUUUUAUAUAUUUGGGAUAUUUCUCUAGAUGUCUUAACAUUUCUGUGUAAAACCAAGAAGACACAAUCAUUGCACUUAAAAUAUGCCUUCCAAAAAUCAGAGUAAACUUUAUGCCUUUCCUUUUCUUUAACCAGAGUAAGAAUCAACAUAUAGAGCAGAACUUGUAACAAGUGAUGAAAUAAUAUUUAUUUUGGUGGGCACUUUUUCAUUUUCCUUUCAUUGUUAUUUGGUUCCUUAUAUUAUACACUGAUUGUCAAUACCAGGCAGCUUAUUUAAGAGAUUCUGUCUGUUGUUGCGUUGAAAAGCAGCUAUGAAAAAAAAAAAUCAAGUUCCAAACCCAAACUCAAGCCCUUU